UACUACGUGCCGCUAACUGGGCUAGAAUAGCUGUUAUAAUAUCUAUUUGCCAAUACUUAAUUGAUACGACGAGAUAAUAAUGUUUUUGCCUUUAGAUGAAGCCAGGACUGUUUGUGAUUUUAUUUCGACCAUUGAUUUAUUACUAGGCUACUUCCGGAAAAUCCGCACAGAAACCUCAGACCCAGAUGAAGCAGCUCGCUGUUCGUUCUCGCUCUGGAUUAAAAUUUUUUGAUUGUUUCAAUCUUCACAUCUCAUGAGCCUUACAUAGCUUUUGGAGGCUGAGAAAGAGGCAUAAGCGCUCCUCUCCAGCCCUGCAGACAUCCCGCUUUACACAGUGUGAGGCCAUGACAGAGCCCAAUGCGUCUCCACCGGAGUGUGGCGUAACAUGGGCACGGGUGUGCAAGGAAUGUGGACAGUGCCAUGAAGGUCAGGUCAGUCACUUAUAUGACUACCAGGAUGAGGUUGAUGAUGAGCUGGUGUGCCACAUCUGCCUGCAGCCACUGUUGCAGCCCAUGGACACGCCGUGCGGCCACACAUACUGCUACCAGUGCCUCAGCAAUUUCCUGCAUGAUCAGAACUUCUGCCCAGUAGACCGCAAGCGACUUCAGCUGCAGCUGUGCCGAUCCUCCAGCCUGCUGGUGCGCAACCUACUGGACAAACUUUUCGUGCUGUGCCCUUUCCGCAGCGAGUGCCAGCAGAAUAUGCAGCGCUGUGAAUUGCAGCCCCAUUUGCACCACAGAUGUCCUGCUUUCAAACGGCUCAGGGAGGAGGCAGAGAGAAAGAAAAGACCAUACCGGAAUGAGUUAAAGGGAAGCAAAUCAGAUGGAGACUUGACAGAUACCAAAUCCACCCCAUCAAUCACACGCACAGCUCAAACCAGCGAAACUGGCCUGGUCAACCCUGCCUUUGAAGAGGGUGAAGAUGACACCCCUCUGAGGUCCAGUCUCAUUGCAGAGGCAACUGUGGUGGAGCUGUUUCGGGAGGAGCCAGAGAAGGAAUUGGGGUUGUGUAUAGUGGGGGGGAAGGACACACCUUUGGGAAACAUCGUCAUACAGGAGAUUGUGCGUGAUUCACUGGCUGGUCGGGAUGGCAAGCUGGGCCCGGGAGAUCACAUUCUAGAGGUGAAUGAUGUUAGUUUGGCAUCCAUCCCCCACAGUCGUGCCAUCGCUGUGCUUCAGGUGUCAUGUUCCCAUCUCAGGCUAACCGUUAUGCAGGAAAAGGGCUUUAAGCCCAAACCGGAACACCUUGCGCAACCCUCAGCCUCUCCCCCACUACAGCCGUCCAAUUCCAACCAAAACCAUGGCACUGUCAUUCAGGUCACCUUGGUGAAGCAUGAUCGCUCUGAGCCACUGGGCAUCAAACUUAUCCGAAAGUCUGAGGAGCCAGGAGUCUUCAUCCUGGACCUGCUGCCUAGAGGCCUGGCUGCCAAAGAUGGCAAACUGCGGAACAAUGACAAAGUGCUGGCCAUCAAUGGUCUGAACUUGAGACAUGGCACCCCAGAGAGUGCAGCUCAGAUCAUUCAGGGAAGUGAAAUGCGGGUGAACUUCGUAGUAAUGAGGCUUCCUGAUCUCUCCGAGGAAGGGGGCGAGGGACAAAGCAGAGGGGCCAGGAAGGCCCCUGAACCACAGUACUUCAAGCGACACUCCACAUACAUGAAAGACCCUCCAGGUGGGUUCUCCAGUAAGGAGAAGAUGGUGAUUCUGAAGAAAGAACCUCGACACUCACUGGGUAUCGCCAUUGCUGGCGGGAGAGACUGCCGCAGCCAUUUGCCCGUCUACAUCACUAGUGUACAGCCGGUGGGCUGUCUGCACAGAGACGGCACCAUCAAAACAGGUGAUGUACUGCUGAGCAUAAAUGGUAUUGACCUGACCCAGCUGACCUAUAAUGAGGCAGUGACUGUGCUAAAGGCACAAGCUGCUCAGAACACCGUAACACUAAGAGUCAUCCAAACCUUUGCUGACAAGGAGGAACAGAAUGGAGAAUCUAGCAGUAGAGAAAACAUGGACACACCGGAGGGCCCAAAAGAGGAUGAUGCUAACUGGGUUCCUCUCUGGACACAUUGGCUGGGCCUACCCAGCUAUAUGCACUGGUGUCGAGAUAUUAUGCUGAUGAAGACCAACAGUGAGAGCUGGGGAUUCAGUAUCGUUGGGGGUUAUGAGGAGAGUCGUGGCCAGCAGCCCUUCUUCAUUAAGACCAUAGUGCCUGGAACCCCAGCCCACUUUGAUGGACACCUCAAGUGCGGAGAUGAGAUUGUGGCUGUGAAUGGAGUCACUACAGUUGGCAUGAAUAACUCCUCUUUGAUCCCAAUGUUAAAGUUGCAGAAGAACAAAGUCACGUUGACUGUGGUGUCCUGGCCUGGCAGCCUGGUUUAAAGAUCUGGCCUGAACUUGUAGCCCUAUUACUUGUUCUAUCACAAGAUACAUUUUGAGUUGAUAUACAAGUCCAUGAUAGAGGAAAUAAUUGGAUAUUAAGUGUUGUUUUGUCCUCCCUUUAGAACGGGUCGCAGGUAAGAACAGGGCAAAACAGGGAAUAUGACAAACAAUUAUUGACCCACUGUUAAAAACGUACUGUUUAAUCCACUGUAGACAUUUUAGUGUUUUGCCGGUGUAAUGCUCUUUUGUUGAGCUGUAUUAAUGAUGUUUGAACCACAUUUAAGGACACUGGACAUAAUUGAUUUAACAAGAGAAAGAGUAAGUUCUUGCUUGAGAAGUUUUAAAUUGGGAUAUUUUAACUUUUAAAUAUGCCUCCUGCCUGAGUCUAUUUUAGUAUGAAAAUUAGUUAAGACAUUAUUUCCAUAUAUAACUUGAAGGUUUAUGAUUGACUUUAAAGGGUUAGUUAACCCAAAAAUGAAAAUUCUCUCAUCGUUUAUUGACCCUCAUACAAUCCCAGAUGUGUAUUACUUUCAUUCUUCAGAACACAAAUUAAGACUUUUUAGAAGAAUAUUUCAGCUCUGUUGGUACCCACAAUGCAAGUGAAUGGUGACCAGAACUCAGAAGCUUCAAAAAGGACAUAAAGGCAGCAUUAAAGUAAUCCAGUGGUUAAAUCUAUAUCUUCUGAAGUGAUAUUAUAGGUGUGAGAAACAGACUAAUAUUGAAGUCCUUUUUUUUACUAUACAGGUGAAACUCGAAAAAUUAGAAUA